UCACAAUGCGCAUGCCCGUGGCAGGUUCAACUGUUGAGGGUGUUUGUGUUACUCGGGAGGUAAACUGUACAGGCAGGGUACAGCACAACAGCCUGUAGUUUAGAUUAACUGCUUACAAGACACUUGGAAUUUAGCUGCACUGAGUAGGUUGUGGAAGCAAAGACAGCACGUGUCCUGGUUACCAUGGCUGCAGGUCGCGGAAAGCUCUUCCGGAAUUACAGGAUUGGCUUGGAAAAGACUCAGAGCUGUAGAACUCAAUCUGUUGGUACAGGCAGCCGGGCUCUCAACAAGGAAGACAUGCCUUUACAAAGCUCUACUAAGGGGCCAGAAGCCACUAAAAGGCAUCUAAUGUCCAAAAUGCCACAUUCACGGCAAACAUCUACACCCCUUCAACAUAGGAUAUAUAAUGAACGAACAUUGAGGAAGUCACAAAAUCAAAUUGGGAGCCUGCCAACUGAGCUCCUGUUCAAGAUUUUAUCCUAUUUAGAUGCUUCAUCCCUGCUGUGUGUUGCCUGUGUUAACAACCAGUUUCAUGAACUGGCUAAUAGCAAUGCUCUGUGGUACAAUGUGUACAUAACUGAAACAGUUGUGGGCAAAAUAUGGAAACCCAAAACAGUUGAUGAUACUGCUGAAGUCAUGAGUGCCACAUCAAUACAAGAAAAGCCAGAUGGGUACUGGAGAAGAGAGUACUUCAGGAAAAUAGUAUGGAAAGGCAAGAAGAGAUGGAAGGACCAGCUGAAGACCAUCAACCCUUUUACAGGCUUACCAAGCAACACUGAGAAAGUGAUAAGGGGACUCCAAGUAGCAUGGGAGAUCACUGUAACUGAUCGAAAAGGUAUCGACACUACAAUUGAACAGUCUAGUGCCUGUUUUUCCGACACCACUGCAACUGUAUAUUGGAACAGUACAAAUUGGCCUUAUUUCAAUAAGAUAAAAAUGCUGCAGCUACAUGGAGUACUACGAGCACCAGUUGAUUGUCCUACACCAAACAGGCCUGGUUGGCGGUCACUACUUGCAAAGUAUGAUUUAAGUGGCAGUGAACCCCCUACAAUCCUUGGCUCUGACAAGCUUGUAAAGUUGCUGCGCUUACAUCCAGGACUACUUGUGGGGAUUUGGCGAGGGCAAUGGUCAGUGGCUUUCUUUAUAGCAAGCCUUCAUUUUCACAAGCUGGUUGAAAGAAGUAUCCUUGGAUCAUCAGUCUGCCCCUAUGCUGUACCAACUGACAAACCUCUGAUAGAUGACAUUGACCCUGAGUAUGGUCUCCAUGGAUACAAACUUCAUAUUUCCCUUCAUAGUGCAGGGAAUAUCUUCAUGUCUGGACAAUUUGCUCAGUUGUUUUGCAAGAAAGAGUAUAUCCGCAAUGAGUCUGUACGACUGAUGGUAAUCAGCAGGAAUGACAUUUCGCAGCACAUAGCUAUCUCCGGCAAAAUUGGCACAGCCUGGAAUGCUGACGUUUUAGGAGGAGUUGUAGAGAGCUGUUGUAUGAUGAGUUUAACAGUUUUGGAUGAGGUCCAGAAUCCAUUCUGGUGUGUCAGCACACCUGUAAGCAUGCAGUUGUCUACCGAAACAUCCACAUCUUAUGACUACAUGGGGGAAAAUUACAAUAUCAAAUAUAAUGAUUCGGAAGGCCGUGUUUUCAUGGAACUUGUGUGGUUAAAGGAGCAUGAGCAGUUCUUUCUUACCAGUCUUGUGCUGUAUAUUACCACAGAAAAAGUGAAUAAGCACUUUAGAACAAAAUACUGAAUUGAGUCUUUGUUUUGAGGAUAAAGAGAUAAAUUAAACUAAAUAAUAUUGGAAUAUAAAUAAAGGACUUUCAAUGAACAAUUUUCAAGAAAUGAAAGUUGGGAUAGACUGUGGAUUUACAUUUAUAACAGUAAUAAGUUUAAGUGUUCAUUGUGUUUAACUGUCAAGCAUACGUACUGCAUAUAAAAAAGGACAUUUUUUUAUUAAAGUUGAGAAGUUGUUGAUUUGGAUUAUGCAACAAUUAUAUUAUAUAUAUAUAUAUAUAUAUGUAUUUGAAAUGGGUUAAUAAUGUAAAAAGUAGAACAUUUCUGUUUUGAUAAGUUGCAGUUUAGUUUGUGGCUUUAAAACUAAUGUAUAGCUGUCCUUUAUAAAAAUAUUUGACAGCAGUUUUGGAUUUCUUCUUACUUGAUGGUAUCCUAUUUUUAAAGGUACAGAUAAGCAGGUAACAUAAAAAUGACCCAGGAAAACCGCUUAAAAAUAAAAUAAGUUCAAAAGUAUC